AUCCUGAGAGAUCGUCAACGACGUAAAAUUGAACAGGUUAUCUUUAUCUAAAUAAAGUAAACGAAACAUAUUUUGAACGUCAUAUCGAUAAAAUUCGAAUUUGCAAGUCAUCGAAUUCACGGCAGUAGUCGUCCUAUUUCGACGUUGGUUCCACGAAACGUUAAAAAACUACCGGAAAAAUGGUUCUUUCCAAACCCCUUUUUAAUUUUACCAUGUGGUAUUUUAACAAUUUAUUUAACCAUCCUGUAUUAACAAAAGCUAUAACGAGCUGUAUUGUUGCAACAAGUGGAAAACUUGUAAGUGAAUUAAUUGAAGGAAAGAAAACUAUUAAUCAAAAAGGUGUUUUUGCUUAUGCACUAUUUGGGUUAUUAUUUGGUGGAACAUGUCCCCAUUAUUUUUAUCAAUUCGUUGAAAGGAUAGUUACCGACGAAACCAAAUUUGGAGUGUUUAAAAAAUUGAUUUUAGAACGAUUGAUUUACACCCCAAUUUAUCAAGCGUUUAUUUUGUACACUUUGGCUCGAUUCGAAGGAAAGAAUCACGAUAGGGCUUUGGGGCAACUUUUUGUUUUGUAUGUUCCGACUUUGAUGGCUGCUUGGAAGUAUUUAACACUGGUUCAAAUAUUAAACUUUACCGUUGUCCCACCAAUGUUGAGAGUUUUAUUAUUAAACGUGGUUGGAUUUCUUUAUAUCGUAUACAUAUCGAGAAAACGUCAACAAGCCAAAUCUAAAUCGAAAAAAUCUGAAUAAGUAAUAAAAACUUUUUGGCCAAAGAUAACAAAGCUUCCACUAAUCCGUCUUUUAAUUACAAUAUUAAUUAUCCACUUAUUGCGUAAGGUGUGUGUACUGGUAUCAUAACUGAAAAGUUUUUUAUACAAUAUUUUAUACGUAAGGGUAAAUCUAGAAAUUCAGAUUUUAUACAAUCUGUUAAGACUCAAGCACUUCAAUGUAGUAAUAUACAAGUUAAUGAUAUAAUAUGAUAAUGGGUACAAGAUGAAGAAUUGAAACAUUCCUUCAAAUAUCAUUUACUUGGAAUAAAUGUAGUGCCUUAAAACUUUGCUGUUUUUAUUAUUUGUAAAUGAUUGUUAUAAUAUGUAUUUUUUGUUAUAAUGGGUUAUUUUUAGAA